GGUCGGCUAUCUAACAUGAAGCAAGCUGGAAGAACAAGAAAGAGGGAUCGAGCUACUGGUCCACAUACCCAAUUGAAGGGAAAACAAUCGCGCAGAAGAGUUGAUUCCAUGGUUCAAUGGCAGUUGUCUGACCAAGGCUCGAUUCAAACUGCAACUCAUUCAAUGGCCGAGUUUCCACCAGAGCCUAUCUUUCUCUCCUUGGCGGCUGCAAACAGCACAUUUGGACUGAUAGAUGUUCAUAAAAGAAUGGUGAAUGAGCUGGCUACGGAUGUUAAUUUUGAGAAAUUCACAUGGAGGAUUGAAGAUUUCUCAAAACAGGAUACCUUGAAAUUGAGCUCCAAGAAAUUCGUAAUCCGCGGUUACACAUGGAGGAUCCUCGUGUGUCCACUCAGGAGGGAUGUGAAGCAUUUUUCAUUGUACUUGAUGGUUGUUGAUUCUUUGCCCCCGUUUGGAUGGAGCAGAAACACGUUUUUCAAUUUAGUUCUAAUUAAUCAGGUGGACAGGAAGAACUCCAUUGUGAAAGAGACUAAACAGAAGUUCAAUGGAGGACAUCGUUGCUGGGGUUCAUUUUUCCUGAAUCUGGAUGACUUGUAUGACCGUAAACAAGGGUAUCUUGUGAGUGACACAUGCAUUAUUGAAGUUAAUAUUUGUGUCUCUGCUUUUGGAUUUACUAAGAUUCAAGACAUCUACUCCCUGAAUCUUCCAAAUUCAACUCCAACCAAUGGUUCCAAAUUUGAUCAAGCAACAAAUCAACGUCCCUCGGAUGAGAGGGACACCACACCUAGUCCCAAAACCUCAUCAGGAUCUAGUCGAAGGGAAGGGGAAAUUCAAGGUAGUUCAGAUUUGGCAACACUAACAGAACUAAUGGAUUUGGAGAGUUUAAAGCCAGAAGAACAAGCCCUUUUCCCACUGUUGGAAGGGGUAUGCAAACGGCGCCCUUCCCUGAUUCAGAGCCAGACGAAGAGCUCUCGUUUGUUCAGACAAUGGGCAUUCACAUCUUUGGGCCGAGUUCUACAUUUCCUUAAGACGAAGAAAGUGAAGGACAUAAGUGAAGAUGACUGCAAGUACCUUCAAGGAUUAUGGGAGGAACUUGUCAAGUCCUCAGGAUUUGACUUGGCUUGGUUGGAGCCGUAUGUUCAAUCCGCAUUGGGCGUGAAAGCAAAUUUGAAAAAGUUACAACAGCUGAGGAAACUAACUGACAAGGUGAUUGCUUUGGAGCUUAAAAUGAGGAAGCAGAGGGGAGAACUAGCUGCUGCAGAAGAGGAGUUUAAGGUUGCAAAGAGAGGCUUGUCAGAAGUAAGAAAUGGUUUCCAAGCAAUGAAUGUAGAUGCUCCAAUAGGUUAUGCUAUGUUUUAAUUAAUUGUACUAUGCAUGAUACCUGAUACUUUUGGUGAAGGAGCUUUUUUCCGCACAAAUUAUGGACAAACUAUAGCUUGUGUGUGUAACAUUAUAAUCAAGACAUACAUGUUAUUUUCCUUUCUUUUAUGCAUGUAAGUAAAAUGUAAUCUAUUGUGCA